AUGACGAGUUACAUACCUGAUCCAACUCCUCCAACAAUUGACCGGGGGUCAACCGCUCUAGUCACCCGUGGACCAGGCUUUGACUCCGGAAAUCGAAUAACAGAAAUCUCAUCACCUGACUUUUCUGCUGGCCCACAAGAUAUUCAUGGCCACCAGGAUGACAUCUUAGACCGGUUAGCUGGUCAUUACACGCCUUUUGAGGGCUAUGACUUCCUUGUCAGGGCGUUCGAGAAAACCGUCAGAGGUAAUCUUCGUGCAAGCUUCAGGGAUGGCAAUCGACUUGCAGAGGUCAUUGAUGGCACCAUUACACCAAAGGUUGGUAUCACUUUUCUGGCCGGUGCAGACAACCCUCAGGUCAACCAGAUGGAACAAAUCUCCAUGUCAAGACUGGAACCAGACCAAAAGGAUGCUUCCUGGCGUGUCAAUACUGCCGGUGCUCUAUUGAAGAAUUUCGAGUUUGAUCAAUCAAUGAGUAUCAUCUGCUCUGAUAACACAUCUGCAGUCGUUGCUUCAGCUCGUCAACGAGCAAGUGUCAGUGGGCCAUUCGUCGAGUCUACUUCGCCAUCGAAUCAGAGAGCGUUGGCAAUUCGAAAUCCAAUGAAUCAGGUUGUGACUAUUGAUAGCGAGAGUGUUAUCAUUGUGAACUCUUUAUCUGGCGAAAAUUGGGAUCUCGAAGGUGUCUUGAUUGAGGUCGACCAAUCCAGCCUUAUGGCUGUGAUAGUCAAUUAUCGAAAAAUCAUCCAACGUGGUGGUGCUAAUUUGCCAGGUGGUGAGACGGUCGCUGUUGACGAAAAGAAGAUCAAACUCCUUGACCAGAUGAUCGAGGACGCUCGACGACUGUGCAUCAGAAGUCCAACAUUAUUUCGCAUGGCAACCAGGCGACACAUAAUUUCCUCCAAGAACACUAGAUAUGGAGUUGACAAUGGAAACAUGUUCCAGACCUUGACCACUAGCAGUGGAAUCAAGAACAUUAUCUCACUCAGUGCUGCAUACUUCAAUUCUCUUGCAUCGUAUAAUACGGCAGCACAACAGCUUAUCCGACCGAGGUUUCUCCAGAUGCUUGUGCUCUUGUUGUCACUGCUAAACGAUGAUGAUCUACACGAGCUUGCAGAAUUUCUCGAAGUAACGUACAGGAUUCGCGCCGAAAGACAGCACCUCGAGCUUCUGGUCCUGAAGGUCCUUCCACUAAUAUCAAUAAACUCGAAAAUCUUCCUCAACGGCCUCAUCACUGCAUUCGAAGGUCCAUUGGUGAAUCCAUCGCCACACUUGGUCGAUCAGCCGGAGAUUUGGAGGUUAUUUUUGCUGCGGCUACUUCGACAUGAUUACAUGUUGCCCGGCACAAUCGAACAAUUAACUGAUCAAAAUUUCUCCUGGGUUAGCAAAUGGCCUGAAGAUGGAUACAGAGACUCAAGGGUUUUCCGACAUCUACAAUACUCUGGUCGUGCAAGAGCAUUCAAUGAGAUUCCCCCAAUUGAUUUCCACACGGAACACAACUCCACCGAGGUUACAGCCGUUUUUACCAACGGAUGUCGAUACAUUGUGUCAGUGGGAGACUUGGAAAAUAUCAUUCGGAUGGUUCCUGGUCGGUAUGCCCUCACAGAAGCCGUACCUGAAGGCCGUCACUUUGACUUGGAUAUCACAGAGGUUCAGGUUAAUGAACCACUCUAUCGAGCAAUCUGGGAAGUCAACUCGAUCCUUACAACAGUGAAAGGAAUUCUUCCUGCACGACGAAGAUCUGGGAUCGUUGAUAGAUUAGCUGCUAUUCUAGGAAGUGGAGGGAACAAGAAUAGUGAAGGUGCAUCACUGCCGGAGGUCAAGGGAUCUGGUCGUUUGACUUACCACGCCGCCACACUUAACGGACAAAUGCUUGCAGUUGCCUAUAAAGUUGAAGGCCGGAAGAUCACUCGCAGAGAACUCGUCCGCCAUAUCGCAUCAGACUUGGGCAAAAUGAUGGCGACCAUGGAUGCAAUCGAGACAGCCGUACAACAAGCCUCGGAAGAGAAAAAGAAGGACGAUCGCAUCCGACAAACCGUCCACAGCCUGCGAACCGCUUUAGGCUCCGUGGGCCAGCUCUACCGUUCGGCAGAAGAGAAUAAGCAAAAGAUGGAAAACUUCUCGACCAAACUUGGUGAUGAGCCAAUCUCCAAAGUUCUCUAUCCUAUAGGUUCUGACGAGACACCACUAGGGAUCUGGAACAAUUACAGAGCUUGGUACGUGGGAGGAGACAAUGUCCUCUACAUUGAAUCACACCGAAGGGCUGUCAGAUCAGUCGCUUGGCAUGACGAGUCAGUCAUGGAGGUGACCUUCCACCAGCAAGACGCCAAAUACUACCUAACACCUCUCCGAAAGCUGCAAGAAGACGAACGCGAUGAAGAGUUGAAGCCAAAUGAUCAGGUCAUCCUCGCGGGCCAAUAUAUCAUCGUCGUUGAAUCGAAUGGUCAGAUGUUCGUGCCCAAUUCAGAGGCAGAUGGAAGGCACAAUACCAACAAUUCGAGAUCUGCUGGUGGCGGUACCAGUCCAGAAGGAGGAAACGGAAGGCAACAGAUUCCCCUUGAAAAAAUGCUGAACUGGUUGAAGAUCACUGGUGUCGAGACACCGAGACGAAAGAGACGGAAUCCUCAACAAGAGAUGAGCCAGAUUGUGAGGAGCGCAAUUAGAUGA